CAGUGCCUAUAGGCCUGGCUGCUGUGGCUUUAAGAAGUCUGUUCUGUUGGCCCCUCAUUGGAUGUUACAUGCAGACUGUGCACCAAUAGUGUGCAGAACUGUACAAAGAGAUCUACUCCCUCCCCCCAGCCUCAGCACCGUAACCCUUACAAUACUCAGAGCUGGAGGAGAGAGAGGGACGCGUUCACACAGACGAAUAUAUAAAGUCAUUUAAACACCGUAUCCUUUCCGAUAUCCAAACUUUAGAAAAAUGCUAGAUGGAAUAUGCGUUCUGGAGAUGCAUUUUGAUAUAAAGCUCUUCGUUCUGGACAGUAUUUUUGGAAUUGUAUUAUAACGGAUAAGGGAUGACAAAGAGAAUGGGAUACCGAGACUGGAGAUGGCUGGCUAUUUGGUGGCAUCAUUUCUUUCUCUUGUGGAGUACAAUAGACGGACAGACUCGCUACACCGUCUCGGAGGAACUGAAACAGGGCUCUGUGGUAGGAAAUCUAGCCAAAGAUCUGGGUUUGGGACUCUCUGAGGUUUUUGACCGUAAGCUGCGUGUCGCCUCUGAGGCUGGUAAGCAGUAUUUCAAUGUGGAUGCGGGGAAGGGCGAGCUGGUCGUCAAUGAGAGAAUAGACAGAGAGACGUUAUGCGGACAAAGCGCCAGCUGCGUUUUGCCUCUGCAGGUUGUCAUUGAAAACCCGUUACAGUUGCACCGUAUUGAGGUGGAAAUACGAGACAUAAAUGACAAUUCGCCUAGUUUUCUUACAAAGGAGCUCACAGUGAAAAUAGUCGAAUUGACUGUUGCAGGCACACGUUUUCCUUUGGAGAGUGCAGAGGACCCAGACGUGGGCAGUAAUUCCCUUAAAUCCUAUACUAUUAGUAAAGAUGAGUGUUUUACGUUGAAGGUAAAGGAGCUUGGUAAUGGAAAGAAAAUACCAGAACUAGUUUUAGAGAAACCCUUAGACCGAGAGAAAAAAUCUGUCCAUAAACUACUGUUAACAGCGCUAGACGGAGGCAAUCCUGUCAGAUCCGGGACGGCAGAGAUAACUAUCACUGUGCUUGACGUAAACGAUAAUUUUCCAGUAUUUGAAAAGUCUGUGUACAAAGUUUCUAUCCACGAAAAUAGUGCAAAGGGGACAUUUAUGAUUAAACUUAAAGCGACAGAUAUUGACGAGGGUCAAAACGGGGAGAUAAAGUUUUCGUUUGGUGAGCGCACCCCUGCGUCUGUGCUUUCUACAUUUAAUAUGGAUCCAGACACAGGGGAUCUUUUUUUGAAGGGGGAUUUAGAUUUCGAAAKAGCGACAACAUAUGACAUUGAUAUCACGGCGAGAGAUAAAGGCAUUCCUGAAAUGGAAGGACACUGUCGCGUGCAGGUAGAGGUAAUAGACGUUAACGACAAUUCGCCUGAAAUUGUCCUCACUUCCCAACCAAACCCGGUGCGCGAGAACGCGCCCAGUGGCACGGUAGUAGCUUUGGUCAGUGCCCGGGACCUUGACUCCGGUAAUAACGGUAAAGUGAAGUUACAGCUCCCGAGAGGUUAUCCUUUUAGUCUGAAACCGUCAUUUUCUAAUAAUUAUGCACUGGUCACCAGUGGUGUUUUAGACAGAGAGAGUWUCUCAGAGUAUAAUAUUGAGAUAACAGCCACUGAUUCGGGCUCCCCUCCCCUGACUACCAAGAAAACUAUACCAGUCACUAUCAUUGAUGUCAACGACAACCCUCCUAAAUUCUCUCAGCCCUUCUAUAAUGUAUAUUUAAAAGAGAAUGGACUACCAGGCUCAAUGCUCUCCUCAGUAUCCGCGUCUGACCUGGAUUUCGGGGAUAAUGCCAAGAUCUCCUACUCCAUCCUAGACUCCAAAGCGCAGGACGUUUCUGUGUCCUCCUAUGUGUACAUGAACACUGAUAACGGUAGUAUCUACAGCAUGCWCUCAUUUGACUAUGAGAAACUGAAGGUGUUUCAGAUUCUGGUGCAGGCCAAGGACCACGGCUCUCCCUCUCUGAGCAGCAAUKCCACUGUUUAUGUUUUUAUCCUGGACCAGAACGACAACGCCCCCGCUGUUAUUUACCCCUCCGCUGCCCUGGGCUCGCUCUCUCACCAGAAGAUGCCCCGCUCCGCUAAAGCAGGCCACCUGGUUACUAAGGUAACUGCCGUAGACGCAGACUCGGGUCAUAACGCCUGGAUCUCGUAUAAAUUGGCGGAGGCCACAGACGCAUCUCUGUUUAGUGUCAACACUUACACAGGGGAGGUGAGGACUAAAACGCGCUGUGUCCGAGCAGGACGACUCCUCUCAGAGGCUGCUUAUAGAGAUAAAGGACGACGGGAACCGGUACAGUCUUCCACGGUCACAGUGGCCAUACUGGUAGAGGACGGGCUCCAAGAACCCAUCUUGAACCUCCGGCAGAAAGCGCCAGAGCCCGCAAGAAAAGCGGGAGAAUCACCCUGUAUUUGAUCCUCCUCUG